UGAUCUGCUAACAAGAACAUCAGUCUACUUUUAACGGAUCUAACUAGAACAUCAAAAGAAAGCACGGAAGCUAGAGACCAAAUACUACGAAGGAAAAGAUUAAAACAAGAACAAUGUUGAAUAAGCAGCUAAGAGUAAAUGAUUAACGCGAACAGCACAAAAACAGAGAAGAAACAAUGGAUUAUUUGAAAUCUGACGAAAGUGACGUAGAUCGAAAUGACAGUCAUGAUGGAAAUAAACGAGAGGCGAGUAACAAACAUUCACACAUAACCCUCAAGCAUAUACCUGAGCGAGAUGCUCCCAUUCAAGAAUCAAAACAACCAAAUAUGCAUUCACUAAAUACACACCCAAGCACGCAAGCAAUCUACACAUUAAAACAAUUUUGUUUAUUUACUUUUUGCGAUAUGGCUCAUCCCUCCACCUUUGUUGUCUGCUGCCUGUCCAUAUAUCUGUCCCUCUGCCUGCCUUUCUACAUGUAUGUAAAGCUGAAUUUGUCCCAUCGCAAUCUACGAGAACUUGACACCGACAUCAUAGCAACCCACGGUGAAUACAUCGAGUAUCUUGAUGUAAGCCACAAUCGCAUAGCACGCUUGGAAUGGCUUCUUCAACUGCCUCAGCUGAAAUGUUUGAUUAUGGACGAUAACAGAUUGCGCGAGGCCCAUUUUGAAAAGCUUAAGAAAAUGCAUUUGCCGAACAUCACAACGUUAACCCUAAACAAAAAUGAGUUGAGUGAUUUAGAUACAACUGCUAAAAUUCUACAAUACAUGUUUCCAAAUUUGGAGUAUUUAAGUUUACAUGGGAAUCCAAUGUGUCCGGAUAAUUUAUAUUUGCAACCAUUCAGUGAAUUUGUACCCUAUGAGUAUGCACAUUACAGGUCCGUUUUAAGUAAAUCAUUGCCCCGCCUAAAAUUUUUGGAUCACUACGCAUUGGACUCUUUUCCUUUAGCAAAACAUCAACAACAGUCACAGCAAUUACCAACAUUUGAGCAGUCGCAUUCAAUCUCUAAGGAUAUAUGGUCAAAAAUAAAAAGUUUGCUACUCAACAACAACAAUAAAAAUCAAUAUGAAGAUAAUUGCUACCAACCAUAUCCAACAACUAACAAUUCUGCAUACAAAGGACUUCAGUCUGAAGGAAAUCGAUUCAUAACAAAUUCUGAUCUAUAAGUAGGCUAUAAUAAGAAAAUGGAAACGAAAAAAAUUUUACUUUGUCGUAAGAAAAAAAACGGUUUAACAGAGAAAAA